GCGACGAAAAUCAUAUUUUGAAUCGAGGAGUUAGCAGCACAUUAUUUUCCUGUUUAAUAGAAUAAUUAAAUUCAUUCAAUUUAAAAAUAUGAAACAUUUACCAGAGUUGACUAACUCGAAACCUCAGUUUCGCGAAAUUCCCAAGCAUCAAAACCAGAUUCUUGCCAACCUUGGCGCACCACACAUAGAAUCCUUCAAUUACAUGCUGGAAGAAGGCAUCGACGAUGUUAUUCGAAAUUUAGACCCAGUCGAGUUCGAACUACCGAACAAAAGUCGAAUCCUGCUGCGGAUCUCGAGCUGUUCAAUUACCAAACCAACGGUUCCGUUUGGCCAAAUAAACGUCCGGGAAAAGCGAAUAUUCCCGUCCGAGUGCCGACAGAAGAAUGAAAACUACUCCGGUAUGUGUUCGGUGGUGGUGGACUGGGACGUGGAUGGACAACCGAAGCCACCGAUUACCAAGGAUGUUGGUCUGGUUCCGGUGAUGCUGCGAUCUAAAGCGUGCAAUUUGUAUGGGAUGUCACCGCGAGAGUUGGUUGAACGGGGCGAACAUGAGGAUGAAUGGGGUGGACAUUUUAUCGUGCACGGGCUGGAAAAGUUGAUCAGAAUGUUGAUUAUGACAAGACGUAACUUUCCGAUUGCUCUGAAUAGGAACACGUGGAAGGACCGCGGGAAGGAUUUCACCAGUACGGGAGUUAUAAUUCGAUGCGUUAGGACGGAUCAGACAUCUACGCAAAAUGUACUUCACUACCUCGUGAAUGGGACAGCAAAGCUGAUGUUUUCGAUACGCAAAUCACUUACGUUUGUACCUAUAGUUAUGCUACUUAAAGCACUUUCCAGCUACACUGAUAACGAAAUCUUCAAGCAGUUAACGGCAGGUUUCGAGAAUGAUCAGUACUACAAACAUUGCGUACAGAAUAUGCUUCGAGAGCUACACGAAGAAGGAAUUCACAACCAAAUUGAGUGCAAAAAUUACAUGGGAAAUGUAUUCCGUUCGAAACUUGUCUUCCUACCGUCUUGGUACAGCAACGAAGAAUUUGCCGAUUACCUUCUGAAGUCCUAUGUCCUAAUCCACCUGGACAACGAGUUGGACAAAUUCAAUCUGUUGGUGCUGAUGAUGCAGAAAUUGUUCACCGCGGCUCAAGGUCGUUGUAAAACCGAAGGCGCCGACAGUGUGAUGAUGCAGGAACUGCUCUUGGGUGGUCAUCUCUAUCAGAAGCUACUACGGGAACAUUUUAGUUCAUUCUUAAAUGGAAUGAAAUUCAACCUGUUGAAACUUUGUAACGACGCUGACACCCCUGUGAUGCAGAACGACGUAGUUAUGGCCUGUAAAAAUACUCCAAAUUUUGAUCGCUCCUUUGGAAAUUUUUUGGCAACUGGAAAUCUUCCGAAGGCCAGUGAAAUGGGUCUAAUGCAGGACUCUGGUCUAGUGAUAGUUGCCGAAAACAUCAACCGAAUGCGGUACAUGUCACAUUUCCGAGCAGUCCACCGUGGUUCGUUCUUCGUUACGAUGAGAACUACCGAAGCGAGACAACUGCUGCCAGAUGCGUGGGGGUUCAUUUGUCCAGUUCAUACCCCAGACGGAACUCCUUGUGGUUUGUUAAAUCACUUGACUUCCGACUGUCUCGUAUCCGGUAGUCCCGAUCCGGUGAAAGUGGGCAACAUCGAACAGUGUCUGAUACGAUUCGGAAUGCUUCCCGCGAACUCGCUGUCGUUCGAAGAAAAUCAAGCUAAAAACAGUUAUCCAGUAAUGUUGGAAGGUAGAAUUAUUGGCCGUAUUCCGCAAAACAUUGCAGUUCAAGCCGUGCAUAAGCUUCGUCUGUUGAAAAUCGAAGGAACGGAUAUUCCCAAUACUACGGAAAUCGUUUUAAUCCCUUCAAAAGAAGGCGGCCAGUAUCCAGGAUUGUAUAUAUUUGUAGGAGCAGCACGCAUGGUCCGACCUGUGACUAACCUGUUUGUGAACAAAGUUGAACUGAUCGGAACGUUCGAACAGGUCUACAUGGAUAUUUGCAUCACGCCGGACGAAGCCUAUCCAAAAGUGACCACUCACAUGGAACUAUCGAAAACGUCCUUUCUCAGUAAUCUGGCAAUGUUGAUUCCGAUGCCCGACUGCAACCAGUCUCCGCGUAACAUGUACCAGUGUCAGAUGGGAAAACAAACCAUGGGAACUCCCUGCCACAACUGGCAGCUGCAGUGUAUUGCCAAAUUCUACCGACUGCAAACGCCAGCUACGCCGUUGUUCCGACCCGUUCAUCAUGAUAACAUUGAUCUGGACAAUUAUGCUAUGGGGACGAAUGCGGUGGUUGCCGUUAUCUCUUAUACAGGUUACGACAUGGAGGACGCAAUGAUUAUCAACAAAUCAGCCUUCGAGCGAGGAUUCGCCCACGGAACGGUGUACAAAAAUGAACUGAUCGAGCUGAAAGGGGACAGCUUCUUUGCUCGUGAUCCACGCAACGAACACCUGAAACCCUUUCUGGACAACGACGGGCUUCCGUUUCGAAGCGCUCUGCUGACGCAGAAAGACCCAUUCUACUGUUAUUUCGACACGAAUGACCAUACCUACCACGUGGUAAAAUUUGACGGUCAAGAACAGGCAGUUGUGGACAAUAUCAAACUGUGUGGGGCUAUUUCGGGCAGCGGCCCGAAACGAGCCGUCAUUACGUACCGAAUCGUACGUAACCCGAACGUGGGCGAUAAGUUUGCUUCUCGAGCCGGACAGAAGGGAAUCUGUUCGCAAAAGUGGCCCGCGAUUGAUCUGCCUUUCACUGAGUCCGGAAUGAUUCCGGAUAUCAUUUUUAAUCCACAUGGAUUUCCUUCGCGAAUGACAAUUGCUAUGAUGAUAGAGACGAUGGCAGGGAAAACGGGUGCUUCCCAUGGGUUGGUUCACGAUGCGACCCCCUUCCGAUUUACAGAGAACAACACAGCAAUUGAUUACUUUGGGCGUCUGCUGGAGGCUAGUGGAUACAAUUACUUCGGAACCGAACGGAUGUACAGUGGAGUAGAUGGUCGUGAAAUGAAGGCGGACAUAUUUUUCGGGAUUGUCCAUUACCAACGUCUACGGCACAUGGUUUCCGACAAGUGGCAGGUUCGUUCAACCGGCCCGCUAGAUCAGCUAACUCACCAACCGAACAAAGGUCGUUCGCGGGGUGGCGGUGUGCGGUUUGGUGAAAUGGAACGAGAUGCUUUGAUUGCACAUGGAGCUUCAUUUUUGCUACAGGACCGAUUGUUCCAUGGUUCCGACAAGAUUACCACACUGGUUUGCAAAGGGUGUGGUACGCUGCUUGGACCGAUCAGUAGCAUCACAAAGAAGGUGGCGUCAAAUACGACGGAAACGCAACGUACGCCAGCUACCUGCAGGCUCUGUCGUAGUGAUCGCGACAUAGGAUAUGUGGAAAUCCCCUACAUUUUUAGGUUUUUAGUGUCACAGCUUACCGCAAUGAACAUCAAUGUGAAGCUGGAGCUGGCAACUCCUCAGGUGUGAAAAAUAUUGAUUAAGUGUCAAUAAAUUGUA